GGGGCGGAGCUUCAGGAAGGAGCCGUCGUCUCUCAGCCGACCGCGGAGAGAGCGGAUGGGGAGACCGGCGGCCCGAAGACGGAGUCGGAGGCGGAGCGCUGCGGCCAUGCAGGCGGCAGAGGCGGACGCAGGCGCAGGCAGGAUGGCGGGCGGCGCUGAAGGCCUGGGCAGCCAGGGGGGCAGGGGGGGUCGGGGCGGCCCUCGCAGCGCGGGUGCUGCCGCCGCUGCAAACGACGGAGCUCUGUGUGUCGCGCCGGCACAGCACUCUCCGGGGCCGGGCGGACACCCCGCGUCCACGGCCAGAAGGCCGGGAAGCCGGCCGCACGUAUUCGCCCUAAGUGUGCCUUUCCCGUCCACCUUGGAGGCGGAGAUCGCCCGUGGGUCCCUGGCCCCAGAUGCCGAACUGCACCAUGGGGCUGUUGGGAAGGAGCUCACAGUAAACGGCAGCGUCCUGGCGGUCCACUGGAGAGCUGAAGAUUCCCACCUCCUCCAAAUUUCCAUCGUCAACUUUCUUGACCAGCUUUCUCUGGUGAUACGGACCAUGCAGCGCUUUGGGCCCCCUGUUGCACGCUAAGCCAGGGCUAGAGAAGGGGAUUAAGGUCUAAACUUGUGUCCCUUCCUAGACAGUGCAUCCCUCCUAGGGCAGUGAUUCCUGUAGUAGUUGCCGCUUUAUUAUGGGGGCCUCACCUUUUGCCUCUACUGGCCCUUGGGUGCUGAGGGUUCACUUGCUUUGUUUGGUGCUUAAAUGUUUCUUAACUACUGAAAAUAAAACUGAGCUACGAUGCUA